GCCGCUGCUGCCUCUUUCCCUCCCUCCUCCCUCUCUCUCUCUCCCUGCCUGCCGCGGUGUAGCAGGAGCAGCGCGGCCGGAGCGCGGCGGAGGCGGCCAUUCCUUAACACAGCGAGAGAGAGCGCGAGCGCAGCGUGUGCCCUCCCCCCCCCGCGGGCUCGGUCGCGCUCAGGAGAUGCCCUCGGCUACCAACAGCACCAUGGCGAGCAGCACCACCGGCGGCAGCGGCGGUGGCGCCGGCAAAGCCGCGCCGGGCAGCGAGGCCGCCCCGGCGGUGGCGGCGGCGGCCCCGCAGGCGGCGGCGGCGGGUGUGAACAUCACUACGGUGCAGACCGAGGCCAUGAAGCAGAUCCUGGGGGUGAUCGACAAGAAGCUGCGCAACCUGGAGAAGAAAAAGAGCAAACUUGAUGAUUACCAGGAACGAAUGAACAAGGGAGAACGUCUGAAUCAAGAUCAACUGGAUGCAGUGUCAAAAUACCAGGAAGUGACAAAUAAUCUGGAAUUUGCUAAAGAACUGCAGAGGAGUUUCAUGGCUCUGAGCCAAGAUAUCCAGAAGACAAUAAAGAAGACAGCUCGCAGGGAGCAGCUGAUGCGGGAGGAGGCUGAGCAGAAGCGUUUAAAGACUGUGCUGGAGCUGCAGUUCAUUCUGGAGAAGCUGGGGGACGAUGAAGUUCGCAGCGACUUGAAACAAGGCUCCAGUGGGGUCCCAGUGCUGACAGAGGAGGAGCUCACGAUGCUGGAUGAGUUCUACAAGCUGGUUUACCCUGAACGAGACAUGAACGUGAGGUUGAAUGAGCAGUAUGAGCAAGCAUCUGUUCACCUGUGGGACUUACUGGAAGGGAAAGAAAAACCAGUUUGUGGAACAACCUACAAAGCCCUGAAGGAGGUGGUUGAACGGAUCCUUCAGACCAGUUACUUCGACAGCACCCACAACCACCAGAAUGGGCUGUGUGAGGAGGAGGAGGCAGCACCUGCCCCUGCAGUAGAAGACACUGUGGCAGAGGCUGAACCUGAUGCAGCAGAAGAAUUUACUGAACCAACUGAAGUUGAAUCAACUGAGUAUGUAAACAGACAAUUCAUGGCAGAGGCUCAGUUCAGCAGUAGUGAGAAGGAACAGGUAGAUGAGUGGACAGUUGAAACGGUUGAGGUCGUAAAUUCGCUGCAGCAACAGACACAAGCGACAUCUCCUCCUGUUCCUGAACCUCACACGCUUCCCACUGUGGCUCAGGCAGAUCCUCUGGUGAGAAGACAGCGAGUACAGGACCUCAUGGCCCAGAUGCAGGGCCCCUACAACUUCAUGCAGGACUCCAUGCUGGAAUUUGAGAACCAAACACUUGAUCCUGCCAUUGUAUCUGCACAGCCCAUGAACCCAGCACAGAGUUUGGACAUGCCACAAAUGGUUUGCCCUCCAGUUCAUGCUGAGUCGAGACUUGCCCAGCCUACUCAAGUUCCUGUGCAACCAGAAGCUACACAGGUUCCCUUGAUUUCUUCUACAAGUGAGGGAUAUACAGCCUCCCAACACAUGUAUCAGCCUUAUCACACAGCACAGCAACGACCACAGAAAGAAUCAAUUGACCAGAUUCAGGCUUCAAUGUCACUGAAUGCAGACCAGACCCCAUCCUCAUCAUCACUUCCCACUGCAUCCCAGCCCCAGGUGUUCCAGGCUGGAUCCAGCAAGCCUUUGCAUAGCAGCGGAAUCAAUGUCAAUGCAGCUCCAUUCCAAUCCAUGCAAACAGUAUUCAACAUGAAUGCACCUGUUCCUCCUGUUAAUGAGCCAGAAACCCUUAAGCAGCAAAAUCAGUACCAGGCCAGUUACAACCAGAGUUUCUCCAGUCAACCUCACCAAGUAGAACAAUCAGAUCUUCAGCAAGAACAACUCCAGACAGUGGUUGGUACUUACCAUGGGUCCCCAGACCAGACUCACCAGGUGGCAGGCAACCACCAGCAACCUCCCCAGCAGAACACUGGGUUUCCCAGGAACAGCCAGCCUUACUACAACAGCCGAGGGGUGUCCCGUGGGGGAUCUCGCGGGGCCCGGGGGCUCAUGAACGGUUACAGGGGACCGGCCAACGGAUUCAGAGGGGGAUACGAUGGAUACCGUCCUUCCUUUUCCAACACUCCAAACAGUGGUUAUACGCAGCCCCAGUUCAAUGCUCCUCGGGAUUACUCAAAUUACCAGCGGGAUGGAUAUCAACAGAAUUUCAAACGUGGCUCUGGACAAAGUGGACCUCGGGGAGCUCCUAGAGGUCGUGGAGGACCCCCAAGACCAAACAGAGGGAUGCCUCAGAUGAACGCUCAGCAAGUGAAUUAAACACAUUCACAGGAUCACAUUCAACGCCAAAAACACGCUGGCCAGUGUACAAUACAUGUUACCAGAAGAGUUAUUAUCUAUUUGUUCUCCCUUACAGGAAGUUUGUUGUAAAGGGACUAUUUUCAUUACCCAUAAUGACAGGACUACAGUUGCCAGCUUUAUAUUACCUGGAUAUUGAAAGGAACGAAACAACGUUUACUCUGCAUGUUCUGUCCUAAGCAUCAUCUUGAGCCUUGCACAUGAGAUUCAGAUUCCUCACCCUUGCUAAGAGUAAAGCAAAAAAAAAGGCAAUUUCCAGGGUGAUCCAAUCUCCAUGGUUAACUGAAGUGGCAGGAAAAAAGUAAAGACUCACUUCUGACAUUUAAAAGCGAUUUAACAAAUUGGGAUAAAAUCUGCAAAUUCAUAAAUAUUUACUGUGGUGGCAGUUGACAAAACAAUGUGCCCAUGAAAGGAUGGAAAAGGUGAAGUGUGGCUUGGUAGAGCAACUGCAUUUCAACUUUUUCUUAUUAAAUUGAAGCACUGAACAGUUAAAGAUGUGUAGUGAUGCAAUUGCCCUCAAUAGACAGAUGGGCUUAGAGCCAGUUUUUGACAAAGAAGCACCCUUAGCUGCAGCCUCCUCCUCACCAGGGCCCUGAAUCCUGUGGCUAAGGAUUUAAGAACGCUUGCAUAACUGCUAAUGUAACUGUGUAACUAUUUUUUUUUAGGAGAAAAGGAAAAAAAAACCCAAAAACAAAGCUUUGAUUUGGCACUUCAACAAAAUUUUGCAACAAAUGUGAGAUAUAAUCUGGAUGGCCACUGUAUAUUUGAUGUGAAGUAUUUAGGUAUCUCUCUGAAACACUUUUAAGUUCCUCUGAUAGCAAUGACUUUUGUAAGGAUUGGUAUUCUCGAUCAUUCCUUAUGACUUGCACAUUGUCUGUCACUAAUACUUGACCUUGCUGUAUUAUCACCUAAAUAACUGAUGCCGGUACUGAUGGAAAUCUCUAAUGGAUAAUCAUAACACUUUUGGUCACAUGUCCUUUUGUCUUUCCUGCAGCCUUGAAGGUUUGAAGAAAUCUCAAAUGCCCGCUGCUGCUGCUGCCCUUUUAAUUGCUCUCUUUUGAAAAGCACCAGUAUGUGUUUGAGUUGAUUUCCCCUUUGAAGGGAAAUGACAGCCAGCAGUUACAGUUCUAAUGGUAUAAGCAAGACAAAUAAAACAUGUUUAUAAAAAUUGUAUCCUGGAACACUGGUUUUCAACGACUGAAACAGAUUCCAUGUGAUGGGGUGACAUUUCAUAAGGUUUUUUAUUUGUUUGGGUUUUUUUCUCCCUAAUAAUCUCUUUUCCUGACUAGAUGUAAACCCUCCUCCUGUUUUCCUGGUUUUACUCUACUAGCUGUGACUUCUGGGAAACCUUUAUUUUUAUGGACUUUUCCUUUUCGUCAAGGCAGCGAUGUAUAAAAGCAAUGGCAUAAGCCUGGGAGCUGGAAAAUAACAAGUCUUACUCAAGUUUUACUGCAUCCUUGUGGUAUAAUCCUUGGAAAAAUCACUUGUGCCUGCCUUCUGCGCACAUGCACUCUCUCUGCAGUGGGGAGAAUAUUUUGAUGCUGCCUCCAUAGAGGUGUUGGUAGUUCUGUUGCAUUCUAUAGCACAUGCAAGAAGAAAAGUGCUAUAUACUCUAUGUUAAAUAUUGCUCAUCAAAUAAUUCCUGCCUGUGGAAAGGUGAAAUUAAGGAACAGCUGCGUGUUGUUUACCUGUUCUAUACAAAACUCAAGGUUGUUUUCACUCAGAACUUUCAGAACUUGCAGUCAGAUGUUUUGACUUCGUGGUGGAACAACCUGGAACUCCGUACAAAUAGGUGGUGAUCUCACUUUUCCAUGUCCUAUGCGAAGAGCACAAAUGAAAAAUGGUUUUGCAGCGGGAAGUGAUAAGUUUGUGAAGACAAUAUUCCACACCAGGCAUCCUGAAACGGUGCUGAUGUCUGGGAGCAGCAGUUUGAGUCAAGGCCUAAAAACAUUCCGUACCAGUAUCACAAUCCAAAAACUGCAGCCGGGGAGAAGUUGCUGUUCUGUGUCUUUUUUAGGAGGUUAUUACUGAGAUAAUAGUCCCAACUGUUUUUUAACUGGAAACAAAUAAAAAGACAAACCUUUUAAUGUCGAACUGAUGUAGGAAAACAGUGAAUUCCUUUAAUUAUUUUUUCUUUUUUGUGCAUCAGCUUCCUGUUUAAAUGGUUGGUAGAACACAAGCUGUUCAGCUUUUCCCAUUGCACACCAAAUGCUCCUUAAGUAGCUGAUUGUAGUUGGGCAGUAAACAUGCAACAUACUGAAUUAAAGAUUCCUGAAUGGAUCAGAACAUUCCACUGAAAGUAUUGGGGGUUGGUUUGGGUUUCUUUCCAACUUAAAAUAAAACAUCGGGUAGAUAAGGGGCCUCCUGACAAGUUUGUAAACGUUUUCUGGUGUGAGAACAGCCUUUAGAGCAGCUGCUCUGCUGUUUUCUGGGAGAGGGAGAGGAGGAACAAGUCCAUGAGAGGUGUUUAAGCUGGGAAUUUGCACUGACUCCUUUAAUCUCAUCUAAUAAACUGUAGCGAAAGCUCUUCUGGGGUCACCCUGUGGCACAUGGGUCCACUCACUGUUUUUCUGGCCUGUUCAGGGGAGCUCCAAAUUAUCCUUACUCUGUAGCUUGGCUCUGGGUCUGAGUCCCAUCCUGAUUGUGAGCAUUCCUAGGUAUGUUUCCUUUAAAAAAGGUCAUAUCUUGAACCAAGACCGUUACAAGAAGUUAAUCGUGAGGCAAAGUGGUGGGAUUUCGAGGCUGCUUCUGUUGCAGAGCCCAGGAUGAGGUGUUUAUCCUCUGGGGAAACAUCCUGUGUUGGAGAGAGUGAGGAUAACACAGUGCUGUGUCUGAGCCUGCAGGUACACACAGCAGUUGCACCUUUUUGGUGGUUUUACCUGAUUCUUCCAAGAAGUGUUUUUGGGAGAAUUGGAGCCUAGUUCUGGCUGCCUUCUUGCAUAUACAGCUACCCUGAGAAUUUUAUUUUGGCAGGGCCUUUGUUAUCUGGGCUGUGAUAACGUGCAGUGGGGUGUGUUUGAGAACAAACCUCUGCCUUCAGCCUCUUGCUGCUUCUUGGCUGUAAUUCAAGGUUUCUUGAGCAAACAGUAUUAAUCACUCAAUUACUUCAGAUGUUUAUACCUAUUGUUACUGUGUUUGGGGAACUCGGAUUCUUCCUGGACAUCCUAAAACUUAAAAACUUAGAAAUCAGAGCUGUUGUCUCGUACUUGAGGCCAGUGUCCUGAAUUUUACUUCUGUUGUUCCUGCAUAUAUUAAGAACACUGUACAACUUUGGGAUUUUGCUGUGGAGCAUUCUAAACUUCACUUAACUCCUGUUUUCUUUCCAAGAUACUGCCUUUUGCAUCUCAGCAAUCAGAGUAGUUGAAAGAGGAUUGUUGGCUUCUUGUUUUAACCAAUAAAUGCAUUCUGCUGGGAUUUGAAACUCUCAGAGAACUUUGGGACCUUAAUGUGUCUUCUCAGAGUGUCCUGCUGACGUUAUUUUUGAGGCAGAUUGAUUAUGUCUUUUACAGGUCUUUGGAGAAUGGAUCGAGCUUCCUUCUUUCCCCAAAUGGCAUUUGAGUGACUACUUUGGAGAGAAGUUACUGAAGAGGUUUUAACUGUAGAUAAAUACUGAAAAGAUGACAAAUGAAAAGUGGUUGAACUUCAUAUUAUUAAAAACAAAUCUGUGAAUAUAAUGGGGGACUCAAGAACUCAUUAACCAGCCCAGGUAAUGAGGCUGCUGGAUCCGUCUUGGAUAAAAACACAUUAUGUCUCUUGCUUAUGUGAAACUUCUUGGUUAAAGUGUUUGCAAAGAUGGAAAUGGAUGCUUGAAGACACAAAUUUGUAGCUGGAGCUGAGGUUUGUCACUGUGAAUUAGACUUUUAAUUUCUAAAAUGUGUUUCAAUGAUAUUCCAUCUGCUUUCCAUGUGGAUGGGACAGGAAAAGUUUUCAAUCCUUGAAAACUCAAUUCUUGAAUAUAAUGCUAUUAAAAUUAUUUGUGGCUCUCUGGGUUUAGCCUUAAUGGAGGGAAGGAAAUCUGUUUUCCAAAAUCCACAUCCUGAAGCCACUCUGAGCAGCACAUAAGAGAACUGUAUUAGGAAAACUUCAGCUUAACUUCACAUUUGGUUCUGAAUUAAAUUUAUUGUUUGCUCUUGCUGCAGUUAUUAAUUUUAAAAGCCACACUCUGUUUCCCCUCCCCUCACUUUUUAAUGUCCAUAAAACAAUGACAUGGGUGUAACUGGCUCAGUUCUCAUUUCUAUAAAAUGUGUUCAAAUAGUGAAUCAAAGUACACCUGGAAUUUUGGUCUCAAGCUAAAUUUUAGUCAUUAUCCAUUAGACUUUUAUUAAAUGAAAAUGUAUUUUUUUUUUAAGCUCUUCAGUUUUAGAAUAAAUUUUAGCAAUGCUUCUACCAUAUAAAAUAAGUGUUCAGAGUUUUAGUUUCUUGUCAGGUUUAAAUUUUCUGAUGGCCUUAAACAUACCUGUAUAUAUGUCUUUGCAGUUCUUAAACUCAACGUUGGAAACCAAUUGGUCCAUGGCUUAUGUAAACACUUGAAAAAUAAAUCUAUUUAAAUGUUU